AUGGUGGCUUCCGGAGGAGAUCCACCCAAUCAAGAACUCAAAAGGCAACUCCAAUCGGCUCUAAAUGAUCCCAAUUUAUCUGAAGAGGGGUUUGCGACAUCAAAAGUGAUUGCAUUAAUUGAUGUAUUACUGCGGGAAGGAGACACCACCAGUGGCUCAGUAACCAAUCAUACCUUUCCUUCACGAAAAAAACUGGUAAAAAUGAUCAAGACUUGUUACCAAUUUGUGAUCAAAAAUAAAGCAGGCAAAGAGGCGAUGUGGUUUGUAGACAUGAAGAAGAAGGGCCGGGUCGCUAAAGGAAAGGCACCGUUCAAGCCGGACGUUACGAUAUGGUGUUCAGAUAACGACCUAGUAGCUCUGGCCACCGGGGAGAUGAAUCCUCAAAAGCUUUAUGCUGCCAACCGGAUCAAGGUCCGAGGUAACCUCGACAAGGCACUCAAAGUCGAACGAAUUAUUUCUCACGAGCGCGAGAAAAUUCUUUUAGCUGGUCAAGAACCCUCACCAUCCUCGGUUUCCCUUUCGAAAUCAAUUGCUGGGUCCCGUAGCAGCAAACUAUGA